AUUUUGGAUUUACCUUUCCUUGUGACGCCGUGGACAGUUACCUACUGGAGUCUCUUCGUCAUCCCUGCAGUUUAACCACAAACCGUACCUGGAUUUCCCAGCUGGCAGUCGGCUCGCUCCUCUGUCCUUCUCCACUGUGUAAAGGUCUGACUGUGUGCCACCAACAUGGCUGAGAAGUCCUCAGCUUCAAACGAAUCAACGGUGAAGAACAUUAUCUUAAAGAGUGAUGAAGUAAAGAAAGGAUUCCCUUCUGUCUACAAACUGAGAACAAAAGUUAAAGAUAAUAAUAAACAUGUAAGAAGAGUGACCUUUGGCAAGAAAGAUGGGAAGAAAAUUAAAAAUAAAACCAUCUUACUAGUUGGUGAAACAGGAGCAGGAAAAUCUACUCUGGUCAAUUUUAUGGUGAACCACGCCAUCGGAGUGAAGUUUGAGGAUGGAGUCUGGUUUCAGAUCACAGAGGAGGAAGAGGGGGAGAAAAGUCAGACAGAAAGUCAGACAUUAUAUGUCACUGUGUACGAGAUCUUUGGUUUUGAAGGAAAAACUCUGCCGUUCUCUCUGACCAUCAUCGAUACUCCUGGAUUUGGAAACACCCAAAAGAUUGAACAAGAUUUGUUUGUUAGUCAAGGAUUAUUUGAUCUGUUUCGAUCAGAUGACGGAGUUCAUGAAGUUGAUGCUGUUGGCCUGGUGAUGAAGGCCAGUGAUAACAGAAUGAGUGACAGACUGUUGUACAUUUUUGAUUCAGUGAUGUCUCUGUUUGGAAAUGAUAUUAUCAAAAAUAUCAUAGUUAUGAUCACUCAUUCAAAUGGACUCUCUCCUCCUGGGCCCCUUGAAGCUCUUCGAGUUUUAGAAAUUAAAUGUGCCAGAAACGAAAAGAAUGAGCCUCUUCACUUUCUGUUUGAUAACUGCCAAGACAAAGAACGCACAGAUGAAACAAAAGAAAUAUUAUACAAUUGUGACAAAAUAUCUAGAAAAGGAAUAAAAGGCCUCAGCAUUUUUCUGGAAACACCAAAUCUCAACAGUUGGAGAUGACAAAGGAAGUGAUGAAAGAACGUAUCAGACUGGCAGCUUGCAUUGAGAAUCUGAAAGAUAGAAUUCAGCUGAUUGAAAUGAAAGAAAAUGAAAUACAACAAACUGAAAAAGCUCUGAAGGAGCAUGAGAAAGAAAUGAAGAUGAACCAGAAUUUCACUAUAGAAGUUGAUGAGCCCUACAAAGAAAAACAACCCAUAGAUGGUGGGGGAUGGAAGUUGUUUUUCUACCAAGGAGCCGUCUGCUGUACUCACUGUGAGGAGACCUGCCACCAUCUUGGAUGCACAACAGCCUGGAGUCCUCAAUCAUGUGAGGUCAUGAAAGAUGGCAGAUGCACCGUUUGUAACAGGAAGUGUCUUGCAUCUGCUCAUGUGAAAGAACAAUGGAUAUAUGUGAACAAGACUAGGAGAGUAAAGAAGACCAUAGAAGAUAUGGAAGAGAAAUAUAAAAAAAAUAAAGCAGCUUCUGCAGAAAAACAAAACCUUCUGGAGUCUCUUAGGAAGGAAAAGGAAAACCUUGAAGUAGACAAAACAAAGUGGCUGUGUGAAGCUUAUGCACAUGUUGAAAAGCUAAAUGAAAUCUCCCUGAAAGUUGAGACGGCGUCCACUUACAUCAACCUGGAGUUUUUAAUCGAAAAGAUGGAGAAACAUGAUGAAGAGAAAUGUGGCAUGUUGAAAGAAAUGGCAAAGAGUGCAGAUAACGUCCAAAAAGCUAUGAAAUAUGCUUAUAAUAGCCUGUGGAAAAUGUUUUGAGACAAUCAGGAAGGGAAAAGUGGCACAGAAAUCUAAUACUGUAACAUUAUUUAGACAAAUUUCAACGUAAAGUUUGACAAAUAUAACUUUUCAAAUUGUGUUCCAGUUUUGAUUUGACUGAGAUUUACAAAAGUAGCAAAUUCUGUAAGGAUAGGAGACCAACAUGUCCAACAAUCCGUCCAAUAAAAAGAAGAAAAAAUGAAUAAUAAAAUAGAAAUACAUGGUUUU